AUGCAUUCCUCAGUAGUGCGCAUCCAAAAUGUCUUUGGAUUCUUCACGACAGUGGCAUUUGUUGUCGCGGCUUUGAUCGCAUGUACAGAUAUCAUUUCGCCCCGUACCCCGAGUGCCAAAGUAGAAGUGAAAGAUAUCCAAGUUGUAAAAGGACGUCCACAUUACUAUUCCACGAAGAAAGAAGAAUACGCACACAUCCGAUUCUCCCUCAACGCAGAUUUCUCCUCUCUCUUCAACUGGAACACUAAACAAGUUUUCGUCUACGUUUCUGCAUCAUGGCCUUCCAAUUCUUCGGAACCUCAAGUUCUAAAUAACGAAGCGGUUAUCUGGGAUACGAUUAUCACGAAUCCGAGCGCGGAUCAUUUGCAGAAUAUCGGGCCGGCUGCGAUGAAGAAAUUGGUCAAGAGUAGCAAGGGAAAGAGUAUUGAUCCUUCCAGAGGCGUAUUGAAACUCAAGAAUCAGAAAGCGAAAUACCAAAUCACGCAACCGGGUGGAAAACUCGCAUCAACAGAAGGAGUUGUGUUGAAGGUUCAUUAUAACGUGCAGCCAUGGGUUGGAGCACUUACUUGGACGCCUCAGAUAGAGUUUUUGAGAUGGAAAAAGGUUAAGGGGGGUGUGAGUAAGGUUUUCGGAUUACCCGCUUUGAAGGAGAAGAAGAAGGCUUCAGAAUAG